AUGUCGUGCCCCACUGUUAGGUGGUGCGGCGCUAUAUCUGAGCUUCGCUACGCUCUCGAGGGCCGCAUUGAGGCCGCCACCCAAACACAAACAAACAACCCGACUUGCAACUCCCAAACCGUCACGGCGAAUCAAUUCCACGCGCCAACACUCCUACCGUCGCGUGCCAGCCUACCUAAACCUACCACGCAUCUCUACGCCCCCUCCUUACCGCCUUGCGAAUAG